AUGGACCAAGUAACAAGUUUGGAGGAAAUUAAAAGGCUUAUAAAACGCAAAGAUCUAGAGGCCCUUGAUUCCGUCUUGUCUGCUUCCAGGGGCAUAAGCGCCUCUGACCUCGAGGAGCUCAUUAAGCUGUCCGAUUCUAAAAAGAUCCAAAGUCUUAUAAAGACCAAAUAUCCAGAGAUUAUAAGGGGGGAGUCCACAAAUAAAAAAGAGAUGGAAGAAAAGACGCCUUCUGUCUCUAGAGAUGAUACCGAUUCCUCCUUAGCUCUUGAAGAGGUGGCAACAGGUGAGUCACAAAAGGAUAGGUCUAUUAAAAUGUUCUUUGAAGCUUUUAAGACAUCUAUUUCUGACUGCAGCAAUAGACAUGCAGCAUUUCUUGCAAAGCAGAUAACCACUGAGAUAUUUGGGAGGAAUCCAUCGGACAUUGCAAAGCUCAUACGAAGCAAAUGCCUUAACUUGAAGGACAAAAACAAUCCGGUUCUUUGUAGAAGAGUUUAUGAUGGAGAAAUUUCUCCGUCGAGAUACGUUGAUAUGACAUCAGAAGAAAUGAAAAGUGAAAGCUUACGUAACGAGGAGGUCAAGAUGAUAGAGGUCAGUCUUUAUGAGUGCCAGAUCCCCACACAAAAGGCAGAAACAGACAUGUUCAAGUGCAACAAGUGUGGAGAAAGAAAAUGCUCUUAUAGGCAGCUACAGACAAGGUCUGGCGAUGAGCCCAUGACCACCUUUGUAACCUGUGAAUGUGGAAAUAAGUGGAGGUUUUGUUGA